AUGUAAUAAACACGCAUGUCACAUGCACAUGGUAUAAUAUUUACACAUAUUUUUUGUGUGUAGGUAUAUCAUAAAUUUAUUGAAGUAAAGUCAAGGUUAGCCGCGUUUUGUUCAGCAAUUAUUGUUUAUAAACUAAUCAAGUUAUAAGUGUUAAAAAUGUCUGAAGAAACGUUAUGCCAGGUUUGUGCUAAAUCUGCCAGACAAAAGUGCGCAGGUUGUCAUCUCGUGUUUUAUUGUACCAAGGAACAUCAAAAAAGUGAUUGGAAAACUCAUAAGAAGGCGUGCAAACCAUACAAGGUGUGCCAAGACGACACGCUGGGUAGAUAUCUGGAAGCGACGAGAGACAUAAAACCGAACGAAAUCGUUCUAAAGGAGGCGCCAUUGAUAUGGGGCCCGGCAGAGAACACCGUCCCUGUGUGUCUAGGUUGCGGAAACACCGUCGACGAAAACUGCAAACCUUGCUUCAAAUGCGGAUGGCCUUUCUGCAGCGAAACCUGCCAGAAAUCCCCAGCUCAUAUACCCGAAUGCAGAUACACCGUCAUGAGAGGGGACAAGGUUGCGGUCAAAAAUUUUGGCAUCGUGCAUCCUAUCUACCAAUGUAUUACGGUGUUGAGGUGUUUGUAUCAAAAACAGUUUUUACCGGAAGUUUGGGAGAAGAUCGACAAGCUUGAGAGUCAUUGCGAGCACAGAAAAAAUCAUCCGAAAUACGAAAAUGAUAGGGUUACAAUAGCCCAGUUCAUUUUAAGGUUCUUCAAGCUGGGCACGGUUUUUACUGAAGAAGAGAUACUGAGGAUUGUUGGAAUACUCACUGUGAAUGGACACGAAGUUCCCCUUUCAGAGCCAUGCUACGAGGCAAUAUACCAAACAUGCUCCAUGUUUGAACACAACUGCAGACCCAACUGCAGAAAAAGUUUCACUGACGAUGGGCAAAUUUUAAUAACCUCUGGACAAAAGAUAUCCAAAGGUGACCAUCUUACCAUAUGCUACACAGAUCCUCUUUGGGGUACUUCGAAUAGACGUCACCAUUUGUACCAAACAAAAUAUUUUUGGUGUAACUGCUCCAGAUGUAAGGAUGUCACUGAAGGUGGGACGAACUUCAGCACCAUGAAGUGCCAAAAUGAGUGUAAUGGGUACAUACUACCAAAAACGUUUUUGGAUAAUGAGGAUGGGGAUAAAUUGCAAGACUGGGAGUGCAACAAAUGUAAAAAAAUUAUGAAUUCCUAUUCUGUACAUGAAAUUCUGGAAAGACUAGGCAAGGACUUAUCGUUAAUCGAAAAAGGAAGCUCCAAGAGCUGCAAGGAAUACAUUUCGCACGCCGAAGACUUCUUACAUUCUAACCACUACUAUCUAACAGAUGCCAAAAUAAAUCUAAGUCAACUCUUGGGCCAUGAGGAAAAAACCCUAUUACCCAACUUAAGCGAAGACGAUAUUCUGCUGAAAGCUAAACUGUGCAGAAGUCUCACCAACAUGAUCAAGAAGUUGGUACCGGGUGAACACAGAUUGACGGGGUUGCUGCUUUUCGAGUUACAUGCUGCAAUAGCCGAGAUUGGGCGUAGAGGAUCGCCAGAGAGUCUCCCGGAGGCCUUAAUGGAGUCCAAAAACAUCCUAAUGGAGGCUAUGGGCUUGCUUAAGUUUGAACCCGAAUCCCUCCCUGAGGGAAAAAUCUACAAACAAGCCCAGAAGAACUUGAUCGACAUCGAGAGGGUUUUGAAAACAGUACAGACAACUUUCGGGGACAAAUUGUUAUAAGUAGGCAACCAUUUGCGUUAUAGAAUGUGGUAGACCGCAAAUUAAUAAAUUGUUUCAUGAUACAAUCGAUCAUACGAGGUGUGUUCAGAAAAUAUUCUGGAUUGUCGUUUUUUGAAACAAAUAUUAAUUUAUUCGUCUACAUUAAAGUUGUCGCCUUCAAAAUAGUCCCCAUUGGAUAUUACGCACAUGUGCCAGCUCUUCUUCCAAUACUCGAAACACUUCUAAAACUCGAUCUUUGGAAUAGCCUUUAGUUCUUUCAGCGAUGCGCUUUUAAUGUCAUC